GCUGGUUUUCCGGCGAAUUCCUGAUAAGCAAAGAGGAAAAGGGGGGCGGAGGAAGAGGAAGAAAUCACUGCCGUUGUUGAAAGUUAAAGCGGUGGCGGUGAUUUUGAUAGAUUCAAAAACAGAGGAAACCUUGAACCCUUUUUCCUUUAUUUUUCGCCGUUAGAAACCCUGUUGGUGUUGAAAUUUGGGUUUCUGCUCAGCUCAUAUUUCAACAAUCACCAAGUAAGUUGCGGCAGCAGCAAAACCUACGAGCUAGAAAUUUGGGUUUCUGCAUCAGCUCAUAUUUCAACAAUAGCCAAGUAAGUUGCGGUAGCAGCAAAACCUACGAGCUUGAAAUUUGGGUUUCUGCAAAUACUACAAGAGGAAACCCAAUUAAUUGGGUUUCGAUUACAAUCCCCUAUCGAUUUAUCUACAAAUUUCCUUCAUGGCGAGAUUCCAAUAGUUUUGUUUGGAUUACAGGAUCUGGAGUACUUGAAUCUAUCAUACAUCUUCUCGGUCUCGGUCUGAUAUAUGAAACAGUCGUAGGAGUAUAGUUACUCUAUUUCCUAUAACUUAGGGUAGUUUAAGAAAUUUGUCCCAAAAUAUUUUGAGUUUGGGUUUGGGUAGUGACAAUAGAGAGUGAGAGCACUCAGCCACAACGACGGCGUUAAAAACCUACUUAAUGACUUAUUCGCUAAAAGACAAAUCAACAAGCCAUUCAGUUCAGUGUUGAGCCGCUUGUGCCAUUUACGAUAGGGAAAGUAUGGAUAAGCCCAUUUCAGAUUUAUGAAAUCCGUUUCUAUGGGAGGAGGCAUGCUUUCUGCUAGACUCCUCUGUUUUGUCCGCUUCGACGGUAUGGGAGGAGGCAUGCUUUCUGUUAGACUCCUCUGUUUUGUAUCAUGUUUUCCACCAAACCUUUUUGGGUAGUCUGAUCUUUCCAUUCAUCACUCUUUUUUACUGCCUUUUUUUGUUCAAUUCUUUUGUUAUUGUUUGAACUAUUUACUGAACUCUUCGUCUCUAACAAUUUUCCGUUAGAUUAAGAGUUUCAUUUCAUCAUGCUCAAGAAAUCCUUAUUGUUCUUUUUCUCCACCUUGGGUUCAUUACUGUCUUCAGGAGCUGCACCCCCUUUGCCCGAUGGAGGGCUCAAGCUAUGUCUUGGGUUUUGGCUAGAAUUUACAUUUAAAUUCUUGUUGUCGUUUUUGUUCUUGCUAUUGAUGUUUUUUUUUUUUUUUUAUCUCCUUUCUUCACGGUAGUUGCCAUGGAUAUGGAGUUACCAAACCAGUUGAUUUAGGUUUUACAAACAAUAAAUCUGUCGGCUCGGAACUCAAUUUGGAUGGAAGAGGAAUGGGUGGUGGCUAGGGUGGUUCAUCAUCUGAUUUACCUGAUUUUCUAGUAUUUCUACUCACCAUCUCUUUAGUGGCAGGCUCUUUUAAUGCAAUGGUAGCAAUAGAUUCUGGGGAGUUAUUGGCAAAGAAGACAUUGGCAUUAUUGAACAGAAGUAGAGAACAGGGAAGAACUUGUUGCAACUACUGUAUUGCCCUUCUUCUAAUCAGGUCUACGUGUUGCCGCACUAAACUUGUAUACUUGAUCGUAUGUUGCAAAGUCAAAAUGCUUGGUUUCCGAGCAUUCUAAGUGGCAUUCUAUGGUUUUUAAAAUCCAAGUCAGUCUAUAGAAAACCCAAAAUGACAUUUAAACUCAACUUUUUCGAUAUUAGGAGAGUGAAAGCAGACAAGAAGGGAGAGAGAGGGAGGAGAGAAUGAGAUUGCAAAAGAAAAGUUUUGGGUUGUGAGGGGGAGAAAUAACGAAAGAGGAAAGAGAGUGGGAGACUAAAUAAGGGGGCCCCAAUAGGAUCAUUUUAGUCUUUACAGGUUAAUUAAUUAGCUUUCAAAUAAAGAAAAUAGAAACGAGAAAGAAGUCCAGACACAUGUAUAUCUUAGAAUGAAUAUAGGCACAAAAUAUUUGCACCUACACGUGAGACCCCUGUAUAAUAUAUAUGGAUAUAGAUAAGGAAAAUUGUGAUGUGAAAUUGCCACCUCAUAAACAAAACAAAGAAGCUGAAGUGGCCUGGAUUUCAGAUAUAUCAAAUGAGCUUAUCCGUAUUUUUCCCUAAUAAAGGCCCUAGAGACCGAUAAGGUGGCUAUGGCCUUGCCGCCUUAACCGCUUCACCAGCUGCCACUAAAAGCUUAACCUGCUUGGCUGUAUUGCUGCUGGUGAUUUGUUGAACUCGAUUCCGAAAUAUGAGAUUUAGGGUUUCUCCGAUAUGGUCCGUAUUUCCCAAACGUUUGCAGCACUAUCAUCUCCGUUCUCACCGUCUUUACUUGUAUUCGUUCGCAAGAAACCUCCAAAUCGGUCGAGCUUCUAUUAAUGGCGGAACCGGCAGAUCCGACGGUAAUUCUUUUCUGGUGCCAGGCGCAACUGUGGCUACUCUGCUUAUGCUUGGCAUUCUUCAUGCUCGGCGUCUCUAUGAUGACAAGAAGGUUGAAGAGGCAAGGGAGCAGGGAAUUGAAUUUGAGUUUUCACCUGAUGUGAAAGCUAGAUUCUUGAGUCUCCUACCAUUGCGCUCCAUUUCACGCUUUUGGGGUUUCAUAACAAGUGUGGAAAUUCCUGUUCCUUUGCGUCCUUUAAUCUACAAAGGCUGGGCACGGGCAUUUCAUUCAAAUUUAGAAGAAGCGGCUUUACCUUUGGAUGAAUAUGCAUCAUUGCAGGAUUUUUUUGUUCGCACACUUAAAGCAGGCUGCAGGCCUAUAGACCCUGAUCCUCAUUGUCUGGUCAGUCCUGUAGAUGGUACCAUUUUGAGAUUAGGUGAACUGAAAGAAUUGGGUGCAAUGAUUGAGCAAGUCAAAGGUUUCUCUUAUUCAGUUUCUUCUCUUCUUGGUGAAAGUACAUUCCUUCCUAUGAAUGUCCAAGAGGAUACACAUGGUGAAAGUAACAAACAGAAGAAUACAAAAGAAGCAAGUAAAAAAUCAUGGUGGCGAAUCUCAUUGGCUUCACCUAGAAGGAGGAAUCCUGAACCAGCAUGCCCAAUGAAGGGUUUGUUUUACUGUGUGAUAUAUUUGAAGCCUGGGGACUAUCAUCGAGUACACUCUCCUGUUGAUUGGCAUGUUUUUAUUCGCCGCCAUUUCUCAGGUCACCUUUUCCCUUUGAAUGAACGUGCCACACGAACAAUCAGAAACCUCUAUGUGGAGAAUGAAAGGGUUGUUCUUGAAGGUCAAUGGGCCCAAGGGUUUAUGGCAAUUGCAGCAAUUGGUGCAACAAAUACUGGAUCUAUUGAGCUUGUCAUUGAACCAGAUCUGCGAACAAACAGACCAAGAAAAAAGUUUCUGCACUCAGAUCCCCCGGAUGAACGUGUCUAUGAACCUGAAGGUGUUGGUGUGAUGCUCAAGAAGGGUGAAGAGAUGGCAGCAUUCAAUAUGGGAUCUACUGUAGUGCUUGUUUUCCAAGCUCCUGUAUCGAAAUCUCUCCAAAAUGAUGACACCUCCUCAUCAGAAUUCAAGUUCUGCGUCAGUCGUGGGGAUAAAAUUCGUAUGGGGGAAGCUCUGGGUAGGUGGUCUGAAAGGUAGUAAUGCCAUGAAUAUUGUCUAGUUGAAUUAUCAGUUGUUGGUACAAAUACCGAUGGAUCGUUGAGCUGAUAGCUCUGCUAACUUAUCACACUUGGUUCAGAAUGUGGUAUCUUCUAUGGACCAACACAUUUCACUCGCAUCACUGAAUUCACUUCCCACGUAGGGCUAUAAAUGGUUUCUGUUUGUCUAAAUUGGAAUUUGAAUCCAUGCAAGGGUGAUUGGAUCGAAUAUGGAGUCAUUCUCGUCGAAUUCGGUAAAUAUUUGAGUAUGUACGCUUUUAUUACAUAAUAUAAUCUAUUAGUAAAAUUGGUUUGUA